UGCUUCUCUCUCUCCCUCUGAUCAGUGGAGGGGGAGACGAGCUAUCACACAGCGGCGGAUACCGCGUGCGACUCCGGUAAAUGACUCUUCCCCGUUCACGCCCUACCCUAACCACAUACACACUAAAGCCACUUCACGCUUUUCUCUUUUACAAGUCUAUCGCUUGGAACCCCACACUGCCCAUGACCCCCAUCAUAAACACUGUUUCUGUUUGGUUUUAGUUCUUGUGCAAAACAGAGUCCUCUCUGUUUUCUCCACCUCUCCGCUGGAUCCCUUCUGGGGGGGGUAAUAACACGACACCAUUGAGUCAGCCUACGACCGUAGAGUUCUGGCUCCAUUUCGAGGCUGUUCUGAAUGACGGGCGGACGGUUCGACUUCGAUGAUGGAGGAACAUACUGCGGAGGGUGGGAGGACGGUAAAGCCCACGGACAUGGCAUCUGUACCGGGCCAAAAGGCCAGGGCGAGUACUCCGGCUCCUGGUCGCAUGGCUUUGAGAUAGUGGGGGUGUACACCUGGCCCAGCGGGAAUAUGUACCAUGGCUACUGGUCCCAGGGGAAGCGGCAUGGACUGGGAGUAGAAACCAAAGGGAAGUGGAUUUACCGCGGUGAGUGGAGUCACGGCUUCAAGGGUCGCUAUGGACUCCGACAGAGCCACAAUACACCUGCGAGGUACGACGGGACGUGGAGUAACGGGCUACAGGACGGGUAUGGGAUUGAGACCUACGGCGACGGUGGUUCAUAUCAGGGCCAGUGGAUGAGUGGGAUGAGGCAUGGAUAUGGCGUGCGCCAGAGUGUUCCCUACGGCAUGGCCACUGUGAUCCAGUCCCCGCUACGUACCUCCUUGGCAUCCCUGCGCUCCGAGCAGAGUAACGGCUCCGUGCUCCAGGAUCUCUCCGGUGACACGCCGGCCUGCGGCCGCGGCGGGUUCGUUCUCAACUUCCACUCGGAUGGCGAAGUGGCCACCGGGAAGAAGAAGGGUCUGUUCCGCCACGGGUCGCUGUUCGGGAGCCUCCGUCGGCUACACAAGUCCGAAUCGAAAUCGUCCAUCUCCAGCAAGAGGAGUUCGGCACGCAGCGACGCCGCUAUGAGCCGCAUCAGCUCCUCCGACGCGGACGCCAACUCCACCGUCUCCCUGGGCGACGGAGAGCUGCCGGAAGAGGACUUGCUGUUGGAGGAUCACGUGGAUGCCACCACCACCGAGACGUACACGGGGGAGUGGAAGAACGACAAGCGCAACGGGUUCGGCGUCAGCGAACGUUCCAACGGGAUGAAGUACGAGGGGGAGUGGCUGAACAACAAGCGCCACGGUUACGGGUGCACCACCUUCCCCGAGGGGAACAAGGAAGAGGGGAAGUACAAGAAUAACGUGUUGGUUCGUGGAAUAAGGAAGCAGCUGAUCCCGCUAAAGAACCCCAAAACCAAAGAGAAGGUGGAUCGGGCCGUGGAGGGGGCGCGGAGGGCAGGGGCCACCUCCAGGACGAAAGUGGAAAUAGCAGCUUCCAGGACGGCUCAUGCCAGAACGAAGGGAGAGGCAGCAGACCAGGCAGCUCUCUCUGCCAGACAGGAUUGUGACAUCGCUAGGGCCGUCGCUAGGGAGCUGUCUCCAAACUUCCACCAACCAGGUCCUGACUAUAUCAAGCAGGCGUUCUUGGAGGCAGUAGAUCCUGCUGAAGAGAAGAAGGAGGACAACCCCACCAGCACCGCCCAGACCCCCGGGCCCACCCCUCCCCCAUCGCCCCACAGCAAGAAGAGACCGCACAGCAACAGCGUCUCCACCUCCGCCUCCUGCAAGGCCAGCAAGGACGAAUCAUCACACAGUCGCAAGGCCAGCAAGGACGAAUCAUCACACAGUCGCAAGGCCAGCAAGGACGAAUCAUCACACAGCCCCGGGUGCCCCACCAACGUACCACCUCCCCAGGCUGCUGCUCCCUCUUCCCAGAUUAGAUACGAGGAGGCUCCAGCCAAACCCCCGAAGGCCCCGGAGCCCGGCCCCACCAACGUACCACCUCCCCAGGCUGCUGCUCCGCAGACGGUGGUGGGUCCUGUUAAUGGAGUGGGACAACUCCACUCCCAGUACCAUAGCUACUACGUCAAAGCCCCCUCCAGGGGACCCCUGCCCCUGGAACCUGAGCCUGAGGAGGACGAGGAGCCCAGUCAACUGACCCUGGCACAGAUGGCCCCGCCAACCCCCAAGCCGACUCCCACCAGCGAACCGUACAAACUCAGGAAGCAGGAUUCGCUAAAACCAAAGAGCCUGGCAGAGACCAAGAAGGCCAGUAUGGAGAUGGCUGAGGGGAAGGAGGAAGAGCAUGCUCCUAACUCUAUCCUGGUUGCUAUGGUGAUGCUGUUGAAUAUCGGCCUAGCGAUCAUAUUUGUUCACUUCCUGACAUGACGGUCCUGUUUCUCAGUGAUGCCAUGGCAACCGGUGCAGUUGCGUUGCCGGCCCGUCAAAAUUCUAAAUGGCGGCAGUCGGGGUGAGGCCGCAGGAGCUUGGGAAACAGCUGUGUGACAUAGGAGAGGCAGGAGAGAAGGACCCGCAGCCUGUCCUGGGUCGUCCACAGCCCUGCCUGAUCAUAAUACUCUCCUCUGGAGCCUGUGGAAGAACAAACUGACAUGUUUGAGGGAGAUAGUAAAAACACUACAACAGAAAAUGUAAACACACACACACACACCACACACACACCACACACACACACACACACACACACACACACACACACACACACACACACACACCACACACACCACACACACACACACACACCACACACACACACACACACACACCACACACACACACACACCACAAACACACACACACACACACCAAACACACACACACACACACACACCACACACACACACACACACACACACACACACACACACACACACACACACACACACACACACACACACACACACACACACACACACACACACACACACACACACACACACACACUCACACACACACACACAGGACAAAAUUAAGUAAUUGAAACACACGUCUGCUGACCCAAGCAGUGAGCUCUAUGCUCUGCUCGUGCAUGGACACUCCUUCUGUCCUGUUUCUGUCUGUCCUUCUGUCCUGUUUCUGUCUGUCCUUUUGUCUGUCCUUCUGUCUAUCCUCUGUCCUGUUUCUGUCUGUCCUCUGUCCUGUUUCUGUCUGUCCUUCUGUCUGUCCUCUGUCCUGUUUCUGUCUGUCCUUCUGUCCUGUUUCUGUCUGUCCUCUGUCCUGUUUCUGUCUGUCCUUCUGUCUAUCCUCUGUCCUGUUUCUGUUUGUCCUUCUGUCCUGUCCUUCUGUCUGUCCAUCUGUCUGUACUUCUGUCCUGUCCUUCUGUCUGUACUUCUGUCCUGUCCUUCUGUCUGUCCUUCUGUCCUGUCCUUCUGUCCUGUCCUUCUGUCUAUCCUUCUGUCUGUCCAUCUGUCUGUACUUCUGUCCUGUCCUUCUGUCUGUACUUCUGUCCUGUCCUUCUGUCUGUCCUUCUGUCCUGUCCUUCUGUCCUGUCCUUCUGUCCUGUCCUUCUGUCCUGUCCUUCUGUCUAUCCUUCUGUCUGUCCAUCUGUCUGUACUUCUGUCCUGUCCUUCUGUCUGUUCUUCUGUCCUGUCCUUCUGUCCUGUCCUUCUGUCCUGUCCUUCUGUCCUGUCCUUCUGUCUAUCCUUCUGUCUGUCCAUCUGUCUGUACUUCUGUCCUGUUUCUGUCUGUACUUCUGUCCUCUGAUUCUGUCCUGUCCUUCUGUCUGUUCUUCUGUCUUGUUUCUGUCUGUCCUUCUGUCUGUCCUACCAGGGACACAGAGGGAUGGACUGACUUUAACUGGGCCAGUGUGGAGAAGUGCUUUUAGUUGACAGAAGCUAACAGCUGCCUUACUGUUUGACCCUCUGACGUUUUGAUAGGGAGAAGUGAGCACAGCGAGUCCAGAGGACUGUUGCAGAGAGGUGCACGUUCCAAUGUUCCCACAUUCUGAGUUCUGAGGUUCUAAGGAUCUAGUGCUCUACGGUUCUAGUGCUCUAAAGUUCUAGUGCUCUAAGGUUCUAGUGGCCUAAGGUUCUAGUGUCCUAAGGUUCUAGUGGCCUAAGUUUCUAGUGUCCUAAGGGUCUAGUGUCCUGAGGUUUUAAGGUUCUGGUGUUCUAAGGUGCUGGUGUUCUAAGGUUCUAGUGCACUAGUGUUCCGAGGUUCUAAGGUUCUAGUGCUCUAAGGAUCGAGUCCUCUAAGGAUCUAGUCCUCAAAGGUUCUAGUGCUCUGAGGUUCUAGUGCUCUGAGUUUCUAGUGCUCUAAGGUUCUAGUGUUCUGAUGUUCUACGGUUCUAAGGAUUUAGUGUUCUGGGGUUAUAAGGUUCUAGUGAUCAGAGGUUAUAACCAGCCCUUGCUGCAGGAAAGCAGAUGUACUGUACAUUAGCCGUCAGUCUUACUCUGUUAACCAAUUACCAUCAAUCUCAGCUCCCUCUAGGCUUUGACACACUCCCAGGACAUGGUAAUGUUUUGAUGACAUUGUGGUUUUUUGUUAUGGCUUUAGGGCUUGAAUUAGAUCCGCUUUUGCUAACGUCUGCGUUUGUUUUGACGGGGUCUGGGGUGGAACUGCAUUAGAGCUGUCAAAUCCACAAGUGGCUCCCGGCAUUAUACCUAAAGCGGACAUUGCCAUUGGCUGCACAGAGUCGCAUUAACAGAAAUCCCAUGCAGCCUCGUCUGUAAGUUCAAACACUGGAAUAUGAGAUGUAAUCUACACCUCUGUUAGGAUGAUAGAAACCCUCAUUAUUUAGUUUAAUGAUUUUUCAAUUUGAGCGUCAUUAUUUCUAUCUAGCCACACUUUCUCCCUCUGAACUUCUAACAUCAGUGGAAAUGGGUAUGGCUUCAUGACAAUUAUCAAGAGCAGCUGUUCACCGAUUUGACGGCUCCAACACAGUUCCACCCCUGACCCCGCCAAAACAUCAGCUAUGUGGGCGUCGGCUCUCGCCGGUUAACACCUGAUUGAGUCUAGGCCUUCGUUUCAGGUGUUUUUGUUGGCUACCUGCAGUCGUAGACGUGUAGUUAACAAAACAAAGUGACCUACUACUGAUCGUCUUUGACAAGAGUCUUUUUAUUUUGGUAUCAUGAAUGAACAUCGUAACGAUUUUAUUCCUUCAUAAUGAGAAAAUUAUAUCCUGAUUUUAUUAAAUGUGCAAUAUGAUUUAUUUUUUUAAAAGACGGAUUAUAUAUUUUGACAACAGAGGGUCUAGUCUAUUGAGGAUUUUAACGGUUUUAAAACAUCUGCUUCUGUUAUUUUAUCAUACAACAGGAAAGAUGACCUGAAUAGAUGGGGCAGGAAGAUUAACAGUAGGAUUUGAGGAAGGAAGACACACUGUAGCCAGCCUUAGCUCUAUAUGACUGAAGGAUGAAAAGUCUUAGAAAUUAUGUCAUUUUUUGAAUCCAAAAGAUUAACUGUUAAUAUCAGACAAUUGUGUAUGGGAUUUACUUAGAUUCUUCUUCUCUGCUUUCAAUGUUAAAACCACUUAGUUGUAAAGAGGAAGUAAAGCAGUUGGCUGAGUUUAGUCCAAUAAAACCCUGUUGUUAUUGUGAUAAGGGACUAAAGUCCUCUUGCAUGUCAGUGAGACUGAUGAGAGUGAACGUCCUGGAUUGAUUCUCAGUACCAGAAUUGAUUCUAGAAUUGAUUCUGUUGAUUCUUAUAACUAGAAUUGAUUAUAUUGAUUCUAGAAUUGAUUCUGUUGAUUUUUAUAACUAGAAAUUAUUCUAUUGAUUCUCAGCACUAGAAUUGAUUCUAGAAUUGAUUCUGUUGAUUUUUAUAACUAGAAUUGAUUCUAUUGAUUCUCAGAACUAGAUUCUGUUGAUUCUUAUAACUAGAAUUGAUUAUUGAUUCUAAGAAGAAAGUUGGUUUAAAAUUUAUUCAGGUUGAUUUCAGGGGGUAAUGUGGGUUAUGUGGUCAGGAGUGAUGCCUUUAAAAAAAUAUAUUUAUUAAACGUGACACUACACUGUAAGUGUUAGUCUCUGUUGCAGGAACAGCAUGAUUUUAUUUGAAUAAAAUACAAUAAAAAAACAAACAAAUGCAGUAUGUGAUAUAAAUAACAUGUGCUGUUAUCCAUUUCAAAGAUGAUUUAUUUAUUCGUUCAUCAGACAUGUUAUUGUUUGGAAUAUUCUGGUCUUUGUGAAAAAGGGAAUGAAAAGUGGCAAGAUUAUUAUUUUUUUUUUUUUUUUUGCAAUUUAAUUUUUAGGAUCCUACUAGUUUGCAUGGCCUAUUGAUGAAACACUUGAUACAAAAGCCAAUAUGAAGUGCAGUACUCCAAGCCUCGUUUCACAUUGACUGGUCUGUGGAUUCUGAUUGGUCCGACAGUGUUCAUGUCAAGUACAAUCCACCACAAUAGAGGACGAUUUAAAGCAAAGAAAAGAUUAAACCUUUUCUAACCGUAAAACAAGGCAACUUUACAUUGUGUUGAGUCUGUCCCAUUCUUGUAUGAACCACAGCAAUGUACUGCAGUUUGAUAAAUACUUACCUGACAAUAACAGGCCUUCUCAUUGGAUGUACUGCAGUUAACAGGCCUUCUCAUUGGAUGUACUGCAGUUAACAGGCCUUCUCAUUGGAUGUACUGCAGUUAACAGGCCUUCUCAUUGGAUGUACUGCAGUUAACAGGCCUUCUCAUUGGAUGUACUGCAGUUAACAGGCCUUCUCAUUGGAUGUACUGCAGUUAACAGGCCUUCUCAUUGGAUGUACUGCAGUUAACAGGCCUUCUCAUUGGAUGUACUGCAGUUAACAGGCCUUCUCAUUGGAUGUUCUGCAGUUAACAGGCCUUCUCAUUGGAUCCAUGUUCUACUAGGAGUUAAAACAGGCAGUACUUGGGCUAUUUUUUUUUUAAACCAACAUUGCAUAUUGUAAACCUUUAUAUAUAGAGAAUAUAUACUAUUUGUAAAGAUUUCUACAGAGUAUAAUCCAGAAAAUGGUAUAAAUUGGUAUUUUUUUCUAACAAUUUGCACAGCUGUAUUUUGACAAUGGAUAAUAACAUGUUUGUAAUGGGUAAUGUAAUGCACAUACGGUAACAUUUGACACAAAAAAAUCAUUAUUUUUAAAUGGGUUGUGGGAGUUGAUGUAUUAUUUGGGGUGGGGGGGUGAUGUAAAAUGCAGAUUACCCUUGUUUUGACUGUUUUUACCAAAUAAUGAGGAACUGUGUGAGACUUCUCAAAGUAUGGUGUCAACCUCACUGGUUUGUGCAGUAUUUUGGAGAUGUGUAUUUUCUGUGUAUAACAAUAAAGAAGUUAUGCCUUGUA